GUUGUGUUUUGUAUUUUGCAUUGAAAGAAUUCAGCUAUAUAUACCCACAAAGCGCAUGUGUUGAAUUGUUGUUAUUGUUUAAGCAAAAAUAUCAACUCAAUUGUUAAAUAAUUUAUUAUUAAUUGCUUAGAAUAAUAAAUAAACAAUAAGAAUUUUUUUUAUUUAAAUUCCAAUUUGAAACAUGGAACAGGAUCUGAAAAGUAAAAUUGAUGAAGCUUGUAGAACAGCUGAACAGUUCACGAAAUUAUAUUACGAAAGUCUGGACAAGAGAAGAUAUCACAUUGCAAGAUUGUACCUUGACACGGCUCAAUUAAUAUGGAAUGGAAAUGGAGUUGAAGGAAAAGAUGAGAUUCAAAAGUUUUGGAUAAACUUACCUGUAUCUCAUCAUACUAUUACAUCGUUAGAUGCUCAACCUGUCACCAGUCCAGCAGUUGAAGAACAAUUGACUUUUCUAGUCAAAGUAGGUGGCCAAGUAAAAUACAGUGACAAAGCUGCUAAGCCAUUUAAUCAAGUAUUUUUAGUAACAGCCACAGGUGACAAAUGGAAGAUAGUCAGCGAUUGUUUUAGAACGCAAGAAUCAUUAGAAAAUGUUACCAGUUCAUGAAUUUAUUAAAAAAAAAAAAAUUACUUUUUUUACAUGAUUUAUGAUAAUAAAAAUAACUAAAUGAUUUAA